GUAGAUCCGGGGUAAUAGGUUAACUCUUCUUUCGUAGCUAAAAAGAACAGACCAUGGACUCGGAGUCGAUCGAGUCAGCAAAUCGAAUAAUACGCUAAAGAGAUUGAAAGAGAUUGCUGUGGUUUUGAGAAAGGUUGAACUACUAAUUUGGAAUUUUGCAUAGAUCAAGCUCGUUGAAUUCGCCCACUCGUAAACCGGAAUAGUGAGCCAAAGUGUGUUCGCCAAUUUAAUGUGUUAUUUCCGUAUGUUCUUCCAAGCCAGAUAGAACAGUAUAAAGUUUUCCAGGCUUCUGAAAGUCGAUUAGUUAAUGCGAAUGUUAUAUUGUAACCUGUAAAUUAAUUUUCGCAAGUAUGUCGGGUACAUUAAAGCCCUAUUUGACAGCGGUCAGGCGUACACUUACUGCCGCUAUGUGCCUGGAGAAUUUCUCCUCUCAAAUUGUAGAAAAACAUAACAAGCCCGAAGUAGAAGUAAGGGCAAGCAAAGAACUGCUUUUAACACCCAUCUUGAUAAGUAGAAACGACAAAGAGAAAGUCUUGAUCGAAUCCAGUAUAAAUAGUAUGAGAAUAAGUAUUGCCGUGAAACAAGCUGAUGAUCUAGAAAAGAUUCUUUGUCAUAAUUUUACAAGAUUCAUGACAAUGAGGGCUGAACAUUUUAUGAUUCUCAGAAGAAAACCAGUAGAAGGUUACGAUAUUAGUUUUUUAAUUACUAAUAUUCAUGUAGAACAAAUGUACAAACACAAGAUAGUAGAUUUUGUUAUUCAUUUCAUGGAAGAAAUUGAUAGAGAAAUAAGUGAAAUGAAAUUAUCAGUUAAUGCUAGAGCACGUAUUUGCGCAGAGGAAUUCCUAAAAAGGGUAUCCGUUGGAAAGAAUUAUGAUAAAGGAUAUAUAUCGAUAGUAUUGUCCCCAAUGGAUCGUACAACUUUUAAUAACUGGGACAAAAUUGAAAGAGAUCUUUUUAAAGUCUAGUGACGUGUCCUUGUCCACAUGUCACUUGGAUUAUUCUAUAUUAAAUGAAUUGAUAUAUAAAUCAUCAAUGUUAAUUUUCUUUAAAUAUUGUUAUAUGGAAAUAUACAAGCAAUAUUAAAAGUGA